GAGUGAAGAAGUCCGUCAAAGCGAAAAAAAGGGAAGAUGGCGAAAGGUAGUCGGAGCCUGAGGAAAGUAGCGGAGUGCAUCAGACACUUUCCUUCUGCUGCCAGCAGGGAAACACACUUAAGGAACAGCGUAAGAUACCUGUCGUCAUGUGGGGUCCUGAACACUCACGUGCCCCCCCGCCCGGGUGCAGCCAUGUUGGGGCCCGUCGUCACGUUACCCGUCCGCACCUUCUUCAACCUGGCCGACACCUUCUCCAAGAGGAAGGAGUACUCCGAGAGACGCGUCAUCGGGUGAGUCCAUGGUCAUGUGAUGCAGGAAAAUUACGUUUAAAAAAACAAAAGUGUUUCUGUUUAUUGGGUUUUGCAUUACACAGCUGUUACAUUAGAGCAGAGAGGGCAACAGUACACACAUCCUUUACUC